AUGUCAUCACCAGCGGCAGCCCCCGCAACGGUCUUUGCCCGGUAUCCAGCAGCCCUCGCCUUGCCCACUGCGGAUCCGAAUGCGCUCGCCGUGGAGACGAUGCUUCGCUUUGCGGAUGUGCGCUACACACGCGCUGACGCCCGCCUUGGCGAUCUUUCCUUGACGAUCUCGCCGGCGGCCUCUUUGUCUUCCGCCGCUGCGGCAACGGGCAGCACCAGCCCCGCCAAAGCCAAGUCCGAGGUGUGCGCGGGUCUGAUGCCGUGUCUCAAGCGUCUUGGCGGCGAGAGUGCCUUUGCCACCGUGCCCAGCACGCAUGCUGCAGCGGCCAUGUGCGUCGAAGUGCUGACGGUGCAGUGCAUCUUUCCCGCCUUUCUCUUCUACGCGCACUUCGACCCCGCCCUCUACAAGGCGGCGAUGCGCAGGAGCGUCGAACCGAAAGUGGCAAGCUUCUGGGAAGGGAUGCGGGGGACGUAUCGUGCGCACAUUUUGAGUGAGAAUCCCUUCUUUCACUCCGGCACCGCUGCUGCCGAGGUGCCGCGCGGGAAGCUUUCGCUGGCGUCCCUCGCCAAGCUCAAGGAAGUGGGGGAGGAGGUGGACAAGGCCUUUGCCGUGCUGGAGUCGUUGCGGAAGACGGCAACCUCCGCAGGUAUCGAAGCAGGUAAUGUGUUCUUUUUGGGCACCUCUCGGCCCACGUAUAUCGAUGCGCUCGUGUAUGCGGCCGCGUCGAGUUUUGUGCACGCUGAUUUGAGAGAGGCCGCCGCGGGGGUCAAGGGGCACCAGCGACGUGUGCAGUACGCGUGCCCAGCACUCCUCGAGUACGUGGAGGGGAUGCGUCGCCAGUUCUUCGAGGCAGAGAGCGGGACAUACUGCCUGAAGCCGUGCGAAGCGGCAGCGGAUGUGGACCCGCAUGCGGCCAUGGCGAACGAAGCUGAAAGGCAGUACCGCAGUGGGCGGCUCCAGACGCUGUGGUGGACGGGUUUGUUUGCCAGUGUCUACUUCCUUCUGGUCAACGCGGACAUGCUGGUGGCGCUGCUGGAGACGGUUGAGGGGGAGGACGAGGAGGUGGCGGCGGUGGAAGCCGCUGCUGGUGCCGCUGGCGGUACGGCAAACCGGCAGACCUAG